AUGUGGAAUCAGAAGCCGCUCUCCUCACCGGGAGGCAGCCCCAAGCUCGGCGGGCAGCAGCAGCGGAGCAACCCGUUCGCGUCGUCCAGGCCGCUCGCGGGCACCGCGGCGGCCGCGACCGCCACCGCGCCUUCCCCCGCGGGAGGACAUCACCGCCCAGGACAUCAACCCCCGCCGCAGCACCCCGGGGCGAACGCGACCACACCCGCGACGGGUCCGCCCCCGACGGCGGCGUACACUCCACACGUUCCCGCGGCGGGAGCGACCGCGCCGCCGCCGACGGCGUCGCCGCAACGGGCCUUCUACCCGACCCCGCCGGAGAUGCACCCGCAGGCCGGGAUUGGGACGGGGGGGGUGCAGAUGACGGGACACGAAACGGGGGGAUACGGAGCCAUGGGACCGAUGGCGGGAGGAGGGGUUCCCCAACCCUCGCAGCAGCAGGCGCGUUCGUACCACCAGCACCACGAUCGCCCGCAUCAGCAUCAGCAUCAGCAGUCGCAGCAGCAGCCGACCGCGUACGUCCCCGCGCCCUACCCUCAUUCAAAUGCGACGGGCGUUCAAUCCGCCCCGUCGCCCGGGCUGUUCGUGCCGCGCACGGCGGACGCGAGCCUCGGUCCGCCGCCGGGUCCCAACGCGAGCUCGCUCGUCCCGCCCGCGAACAUGCCGCCGCCCUUCGUGCCGCCGACGUUCGGGGGGACGACGCCGGUGUCCAGCGGGCGGAGUUCCCCCGCGGGCGUGGCGCCGCCGGAUGGAAGAUCCGUCGGCGUCGGGGUCGUCGGCACCGCUGGACCGCCGAUCUCCCUUCGCGGCCGCGAGAAGUACUGCAGCGGCGGCGCGUGGGUGGGACCGGCGCCGGAGUGGCCCAAGCCCCCACCGGACGCGACGAUCGCCAACGCGGACGUAUCGCGGGUCCGGCCGCGGCACGCGCCGGUGGUGACGACGCUUCGGGAAAAGUUUGAAUCGCUCUACGCCCACGCGUCCGGCGCCAGGAAAAAAGAGCUGGACGGCAUCUCGACGAAGAUCGGCGGCAUGUUCGUGUUUCUGAACGAGGGGACGGGGGAGACGCACAUCAGCGACAACGUGGCGGACUCGCUCGCGGCGUUGUGCGCGGCGAUGCGAGCCGGGGACGCCGCGACGGUCAACGCUCAUUUGCUGCACGUGUCGACGCACCACUGGGAAGAGGCGGCGUACUGGUUUCCGUCGCUCAAGAGACUGGUCAAACUAUGA